CCGUGCUCCUCAGCUUCCCAGCUGCUGCUCCAGAAAGAUGAUUCAAAUAGUGGUGCCAUUACUACUAUUGCUGGCACUGAAGAACACAAAUGGAGAGCCAAAAGUUUUUUUUAAUAGAACAGAAGUGCAAAUUCAUAUGGACGAAGUUGUACCUAUUUCAUUUACUAUUGAAAGCAUAAGCAAUGAUAGUACUAUAAGCAACUUUCGUGCCACUAGUUCAAACUUGUAUGUAGUUAAAUUAGAUGUACCAAGCUUUAAUUCUAGUUUGAUUCAUAAUGGCUCUUACAAGAGUUUCAUCAAUGCCACCGGUAUUUUCCUCGGCAAUGCCAAGAUUAAUAUGUCAGUUAUUGUUAAUGGGAAACAGGUAGUAUCAGAAGCAAUUAACGUCAUAGUAAUUCGGAGUGUAAGACUAGUUGAUAAACUUUUUACAGCAAGUGUAGCGAUACUAGUGUCCAUAUUAUACAUAAAUUUCGGAUGCGCAAUGGACUGGGAUUCUUGCAAAAAGACAAUAAAAAGACCCGUUGGACCAUUAAUAGGAUGCUUUUGUCAAUUUCUCCUAAUGCCAAUGAUAAGCUACUGCCUUGCAAUCGUGUUAUUUCCCGAAUCUCCAGAAAUGCAGCUAGGAAUAUUUUUCACUGGAAUCAGUCCAAGCGGCGGUGCUUCUAACAUUUGGACCAUGUUGCUUGGUGGAAAUCUGAAUUUAUCUGUAACAAUGACCACUUUGUGUACACUUGCUGCAUUUGGUAUGAUGCCACUAUGGAUUUUUACUCUUGGCAAACAUAUUUUUGACAGAGGCAAUUUAGCUAUGCCUUAUGACAAAGUAGCUACUUUUGCUAUUGGUCUCAUUAUACCACUGGCACUUGGAUACUUUAUCCAGAAAAAAUUACCGAGGCUAUCAAAAGUCUUGGUGCGCAUGAUGAAGCCUUUUUCUCUGGUCCUUAUCAUUUUUAUCAUUGUUUUUGCCAUUGUCACUAAUCUAUACUUGUUCAAGCUUUUUUCCUGGAAGAUUAUUUUAGCUGGAAUGGGACUACCAUGGCUUGGAUUCCUUUCGGGUAUGCUAGUUGCAAUUUUUUUUCGUCAGUCAAAUCAGGAUGUAAGGGCGAUCGCCAUUGAAACAGGCAUACAAAAUACGGGAGUUGCUAUAUUUUUACUCAGAUUCAGUCUGAAACAACCGGCUGCGGAUUUGACUACUGUUGCUCCAGUAUGCUGUGCUAUAAUGACUCCGUUGCCUUUGCUGAUACUAUACAUCGUGAAAAUUAUUUUGGAUCGAAGAAAACAACUAGCCGCUUCGAGUGAUAAUCUACGAUAAUCCGAAUAAUUUAUUGAGCUCGUCAUCGUACUCUUCUACUAGACUCAGUCAAACAGUGGAAUAAGGAAAAAUUUAUAAGUACUUACAACUGGUUGUGGGAUUACACCACUGAUUGUUAUCUAAUCAAGUGGUUGAAUCAUCAAGAAACAUACAAACAUUUAUAAUGAUGUUAUGCUGUAACUGUGUGUACAAAUUUGUUGUUAGUAUAGAUUAUAGAUUUUAUUAUUACAA